AUGACAAAAUCACAAGCAAUACUUUUCUUAAUGUGCACUUACGUCAUCGUUCCAUUUGCACAUGGGCAAGGUACGAUGGAUGACCUGGUGAGACUGAGGAACACGCUGUUUCAGAAUUACACAAAAGAUUUUCGACCAGUUUACAACCUGAGUGACGUCACAUAUGUAUCACUUGAUAUGUUACUGGUGUCCAUUGUAGACCUUGACGAGAUAAGAGGAAUAAUCACACUGAAUUGUGGAAUACCAAUAGCAUGGACAGAUUAUCACCUGGUGUGGAAUCCAAGUGACUUCAGCGGCAUCACUUCCUUUGUUUUCAACUCAUCAAAUGUAUGGAGGCCACGAGUUUAUAUCACAACAUCUUCCAACGAUUUAACUGAUUUGUCUUUGGAUGCCUUCGACUUAAGAGUAUAUUCAAAUGGCACAGUUACGUCUUCACCUGGUCGACAUGUCAUGACUAGCUGCAAUUUCGACAUGACCAGAUUCCCGACAGAUUCGCAAACGUGCACCAUGCAACUUGCAUCGUGGAUAUAUCCUGCUAAUGAAAUUAUCUUUAUCAAAUCACGUCAAGACAUUGAUCUAGAAUACUACAGACCUAACGGAGAGUGGAACAUUGAGUGGACAUCAGUGACAAACAAAACAGAUGUCAGAACUGGUUUUUCAACAAUUGACUUUUCAAUUCACCUGACCAGACGCUCUAGAUACUUCAUGGUGUCCAUGACUAUGCCCGUACUGCUUCUUUGUUUCCUCAACCCAUUUGUAUUCGUCCUGCCGGCCUCCUCAGGUGAGAGGAUUUCAUACACAAUAACUGUAUUCCUGUCACUAGCCGUAUAUAUGACACUAAUAGGGGAAAACAUGCCGCAGGUUGCAGAACCAAUGGCUGGAAUUUCCUAUCUCCUUCUUGUCGCCAUGUUGAAAAGCUGCGUGCUGAUCGUGUUGACGAUAUUCACGCUACGAUGCGACUCUGUAACUGAUGUAAAUAAAUUCCCUGGCUGGUUAUUGUGGCUCGCCUGCCGUGGAGUGCGCAAAUCAGCAAAACGUAAAAGUAAGGUUGACAUCGCUGAAGACAUCAGUGUGGACAAUGUGAAGGAGGAUGCUACAACGACGAAAGGGGCACUUGCUAGCAAAGAUCAGGCACUGUGUAACAUUGUUUGUAAAGAGGAGGUGAUGUUCUUCAUUGACAUAAGUCUCUUUUGUCUAACAUUUUUAAUGGUUUUCAUAAUAUGUUCAGCGUUUGCAUUAUCUUUCUGGUUGUAG